AUGGCGACGCGAAGAAAUCAUACCUCGACCUCGCACUCACAUUUUGUCGACCGCACAAUUCCGUCGGCCACACCUACACUGCAAGCCCAGCAACGGUCCCCCUUCCUCCCGACCCGCCUCGAAGCCCUGCUCAUCGCAAUCUACCCGACGACCCUCUUCCUGGGCUCACUAUUCAGCACACUUUCCAGCACAACCCGAUCCGCUCCUUACUCAUCCGCCCUCCAAUCACAUCCUCCCGAAUCCGCGCCAAGCUACUUCGCACAGAAGAAAAACAUCUUCAACGUCUACUUCGUGAAGAUUGGUUGGUUCUGGACCACACUCGCGCUCCUGGUAUUUGUUGUCACCAACCCGACUCUCGGACCUCCACUAUGGCCCUCAUUAACGAGGAGGAGGGCACAGAGUGUACUGAGGUGGGCUUUGGCGACAUGCGUGUGGAUGUUUACGACACAGUGGUUUUUCGGGCCGCCGCUGAUCGAUCGUGGGUUCCGCAUCACGGGGGGCAUUUGUGAGAUGUUGAUCGAUAGCGAUGCCGCAGAGACAAAACCUUUGCUGAGAGAGGGCAAGGAGAUAUUGACGAGUGCAGCGUGUCGCUUCGCGGGAGGUCGAUGGAAUGGCGGGUACGAUAUCUCGGGACAUGUUUUCUUGCUUAUCCUCGGUAGCGCGCUGCUGUGGUUAGAGAUCCUGCCGGCGAUGUCGAAGGCGGAGGGCUUGCGGGAUGGUAGGAGUGUGCAGUUACAGAACGGACGUGUUGCGACGGCGGCGAGUGUGAAGGAUACUAGGGAUACGGAAGGGGAUGGCGAUAAAGACGUAACUGGGUACGGCGUUAAUGUUGCGCUCGGCAUUGCUGCACUCAUGUGGUGGAUGCUGCUCAUGACCGCUGCUUACUUCCAUACUUGGCCCGAGAAAUUCACGGGACUUUUGGUUGCAUUUGGUGGCCUUUACGUCAUAUACUUCGUCCCUCGGGGCGUGCCCAUCUUGAGAUCAAUAGUAGGCAUGCCAGGAGUUUAG